AAAGAGUGUACGAGUCCUCCGUAGAUUCCCAGACAAGCUCGAGACAAGCUGCACUGCACUGCACUGUUCUUUAUCAGAUAAUGCACGGACAUCGGUGUUACAGAAGAUAAGCUAUUUCACACUGCCGCAACCGGUUUAAUCGGAUGUGAGGGGCAAUACUCAUCAAUUACUAGGUAAUAUCGUAAUCAAUGAAUUUCUAAACUGAGCUUGGCAACACUCUACUCUACAACCUCUAUCAUUUCGUCCAAGAUGCUCACUAGUCCUUUAAAUCUGCCCAAGUGGCUCGAAGAGAACUCUCAUCUCUUGAAGCCUCCCAUUAACAAUUACUGCGUGUACAAUAAAGAUGUGACGGUCAUGAUCGUAGGAGGCCCCAAUGCACGAACCGACUAUCACAUAAACGAGACUGCAGAAUGGUUCUACCAAUACAAGGGAGCUAUGAUGUUGAAAGUGGUAGAUGAAGGCGAAUUUAGGGAUAUUAUCAUUGGGGAAGGAGAAAUGUUUCUAUUGCCACCAAAUACGCCGCACAAUCCUGUUCGAUUCGCAAAUACAGUGGGCAUUGUACUAGAGCAGCCAAGACCAGAGGGUUCGUUAGAUAGGUUGAGGUGGUAUUGCACAAACUGCCGCGAGGUCGUGGAGGAAGCAGCUUUCCAUUGUACAGACUUGGGCACGCAAAUUAAGGAAGCUGUGAAUAGCUUCAAGGAUAGUGAGGAUAGGAGGAAAUGUAAGAAAUGCGGGACAGUUGCGGAAUCAGCGCCCCCGGUAGGAUCUAUCAAGGACCCAAAUAUCGCUUGAUUGAUGAGAAAAGGAAUAAUGAAAUAACGAAGUCUUUCGCAUG